AUAAGUCUGUUCUUAAAUACAAAUCUGACAUGGAUUGUGAAAAUGGAGCUGAUACUUCGACCAGAAAAAGAAAACUCUGCAGACUGGUUGCUUUGAGCUUUGCACUUCUGUGUAUUCUUCAAGCUACACUCAACAUUUCACUGCGACUGGCUUUUUACAGUUCUGAUACAACAAAAACACCAGAUUGUGAGGCCAUUAUUAAAAACUUGACUAAAGAAGAAGACAUUAAAAUGAAUGAAUUAGCUUGCUAUAUCCAACAAGGAUGGAUAUACUUCAAACACAGUUUAUAUUACGUUUCAUCUACUAAAAACACCUGGAAAGACAGCAGAGAGGACUGUCUGCAGAGAGGGGCAGACCUGGUGAUUAUCAACAGCAGAGAGGAACAGAACUUCAUAAGAGAGUUUAAAAGUCGGACAUGGAUUGGACUGACUGACGCCGAAAAAGAACAGACAUGGAAAUGGGUGGAUGGGACUACACCUACCAUCAGCUUCUGGAACACCGACGAGCCUAACAGUUAUGGAGGAAAUGAUGAAGAUUGUGGAGAAAUCUAUUACUAUGAAAGAGAAAACUCCUGGAAUGAUACACCAUGUGGCAGAAAAAAUGUCUGGAUUUGUGAAAGAAAAAUGUAG